AUGAAGUGGGGGCUUGCAUGCUCUUUGCUUGCUCUUUUUGCCUCGCCAGCAAUAUGUUGGCCUUAUGAAGAGUCCCUCGUUGACUACAACCUUAAUGCGAAUAAAGAUGCUAUCAAUCCAGCAGAAUACACGUACCCAGAAUGGCGGGGUCAUAAAUACCACCCUUCUCCAGAAAGCUGGCGGUUUCCUUUUUACACUCUGUUCCUCGACCGGUUCGUUAACGGUGAUCCCACAAAUGACAAUAUAAACGGAACCGUCUUCGAACAUGACCUAGACUCAACCCAAAUGCGCCACGGUGGUGAUGCUGUUGGCUUGGUGGACACUUUGGACUACCUGUAUGGAAUGGGUAUUAAGGGCAUCUAUCUGGCAGGAACUAUUUUAAUGAAUCAACCUUGGGGCGCGGACGGCUAUUCAAUCCUGGAUACCACCCUUCUUGAUCAGCAUUUUGGUAAUAUCCAAACAUGGCGGGAUGCUAUUACCGAGAUACACAAGAGAGGGAUGUACGUUUUAUUCGACAAUACUAUAGCCACCAUGGGUGACUUGAUCGGCUUUGAAGGGUACCUGAAUGAGACUACACCAUUUUCCGUCAAGGAGCACAAAGCACUGUGGAAAUCUGACCGUGAAUACGUUGACUUUCGUUUUGGGAACUCUUACAAUGAUACCUGUGAAUAUCCUCGUUUCUGGAACGAAACUGGCUGGCCUGUUGACAAAGAUGCUCGAGACCAGCUUGUGGGAUGCUAUAACAGCGACUUUGACCAGUACGGUGACAGAGAAGCCUUUGGUGUCUAUCCAGAUUGGCAGCGUGAGCUAGCAAAAUUUGCCUCGGUUCAAGACCGUCUACGUGAGUGGCAUCCAAGUGUUAAGGAAAGAUUGAUCCGGCAUUCCUGCAACAUCAUCAAGGCUCUAGAUAUCGAUGGCUUUCGCUACGACAAAGCCACCCAGGCCACGGUAGAUGCCCUUGGCGAUAUGUCACACGCUUAUCGAGAGUGUGCUCGCAGCGUGGGAAAGGAUAACUUCUUCCUUCCUGGGGAAAUUACUGGCGGUAAUAACUUUGGCUCCAUCUAUCUCGGUCGUGGCAGGCAGCCCAAUCAAUAUCCCGAGUCUACUAUGGACGCAAUCGCAAUGACAAACAAGUCUGAUCACCAGUAUUUCCUGCGUGAGCAUAACUUGCAGGCCAUUGACUCUUCUGCUUUUCACUACUCGGUAUAUCGUACACUAACUAGAUUUGUGGGGAUGGACGGAAACCUGGCUGCUGGUUAUGACACGCCGUUGGACUGGACUGAUGCUUGGAAUGUCAUGGCAAUGACCAACGAUCUAAUCAAUGCAAAUACAGGCAAAUUCGACCCCAGGCACAUGUACGGCGCCACCAAUCAGGAUGUUUUCCGCUGGCCUGCUAUCGAACUUGGUGUGGAAAGACAGCUACUGGGACAUUUCAUCACAACAUUGCACCUUCCUGGUAUUCCAAUCUUGCUAUGGGGAGAAGAACAAGCCUUCUACAUCCUGGACGCCACCGCGCCUAACUAUGUCUAUGGUCGCCAAGCGAUGUCUCCCGCCACAGCUUGGAAGACGCAUGGGUGUUUUUCUCUUGAUGCGUCGCAGUAUUACAACUGGCCCAUCACCGCUGGUCGGCAAGGCUGUCAUGACGAAGCGGUCACCUAUGAUCAUCGUGACCCUUCUCAUCCGGUGCGAAACAUUAUAAAGCAUAUGUUUCAGAUGCGAGUGAAUUAUCCUGUACUCAAUGAUGGGUAUUCACUUGUGAAGUUGUCAAAACAGACACGCGAGAUUCAAUAUCCCGGUUCUAAUGGCACCGCUACCGAGACGGGCAUGUGGUCAAUUAUGCGAGAUCGAGUGGCAAAGAUUCAGGACUUUAAUUCUAGUUCCGGCAACCAGCCGAUUUGGUUAGUGUACCAAAAUGAUAACAAAACGGUGGACUACAACUUCGACUGUGGCAGCAAUGACUCGGCCCUGAUAUCCCCAUUUCUCAAGGGUACUACCGUUGUUAAUCUUUUUUAUCCACAUGACGAGCAUGAGUUGAAGGAGGGCCCCAAAGUGCUUCAUCUGAAUGGUUCUAAUGCAACAAACGGAUGCCUCGACAACUUGACUCUUAAACCCUUCGAGUUUAGGGCUUAUGUGCCGAAGGAAAGCUUCGUUGGACCCGGACCAAUGAUUACCCAGUUUGAACCUGGUCACGAUGUGCCACAGCUUUCUAAAGUCGGGCCAAAUGACGCUGAAGACCUUGAUGUCAGCAUUUAUUUCUCGACAAAGAUGGACUGUGACUCCGUUACUCGAUCUAUCUCCUUUGAGUCAACAACUGAAGCCGGCAAAAAACCUUCUAUAGACAAGAGCAAAGUUAACUGCAAAGACGUCAACGGGGGCGAUACCAAAUGGACUGGCCAGAUACCGAAUGCAUGGGUCUGGAAAGCCAAGCUCACUGGAGUAUAUAAUGGAGUUCACCGACUGACAGUCACAAAUGCCACCAGUUCAGGCAGUAAACAGUCGACACAAGCUGUGGACCACUUCCUGAUCCGUAUUGGCCAACGCGAUAAUCCGAUGGUAUUCAACUCUGCAAACUAUUCCUCCUCUCUUGUGUACAAAAAUGAUAAUGAUUCGCUUUACAUCCAACACCGUGCGGCAGGUGCAAACAAGUACCGAUAUUCAACUAAUUGGGGAACCACAUACUCUAAUUGGAUGAACUAUAAUGGAGGCAAUGAUACCAUUGAGAAGCUGCCCUGGUCAGGAACAAACAAACAGAAAUGGCAAGGGGAGCAUGUACGAGUCGAAUACUGGAGCAAAUUGACUGGAAGUAGUGCUUAUGUUCAAGAGGGUGACUACGGUUUUGAUCGUCAGCGACGCUUUCCUCACCUCUUCUUUAACGGUCCCUAUAACCAGUAUGGAUUCGAUGCUGGUUUGGAUAAUGUUAUGACCCAGGAUAGCGAUGGAUUUUGGAACUUCAGAUUCCUCGCUGAGUACCCAGCACAGGGCCAAGUUAAUGUGUGGGGAAUGAAUUCCGAUGGUCAACCCGAUCAGAGCUUUGUCUAUGGUGAUGCAGAUGGUGACGGCACUCUGGAUCGUAUGCCUCCUUCAUCACUCACUGAAGUCGCCAUCAAUAUCAGUGGUAUACCACCGUACCCAUACAUGGCGUGGAAUGUCCGCCUCAAUGAUGGGACCAUGAGAGUUCAACUUCAGCCACAAGGGUCUAGAGUUAUUCAAAUGGCCAUCUAUUUCUUGCUGUGGCUUGCGCCUAUCACGAUGGCAGUAGCCUGCGUUUAUGCGUUUAUGAAGAGCUUCUAUCAAGUCAAGUUCAAUCAGGUCGGAGUUAGCGAGAAAAAGACCGUUCUUCCAUUGGCUCUGCGACGGAAGUUCAAUGGGAAUGGCGAGUGGACAAAUCCUAUAUUGCGCCUCGCAAACAAGUCGGGAUUCCUCCAGAGUACAUCCGCUUUCGGUUCAGGAGCUUCGCGGAGAAAAUCAAUUUUGAUUGCUACCAUGGAGUAUGACAUCGAAGACUGGGCUAUCAAGAUCAAGAUUGGUGGCCUGGGUGUAAUGGCCCAAUUGAUGGGUAAGCAUCUGGGACAUCAAGACCUUAUCUGGGUUGUUCCAUGCGUUGGAGGAGUCGACUACCCACAGGAUCAGCCAGCCGAGUCUAUGUUCGUGAUGGUCCUUGGCAGCUCUUAUGAGGUCAAAGUCCAGUACCAUGUGCUCAGAAACAUCACAUAUGUGCUUCUGGAUGCUCCCGUUUUCCGCCAGCAAUCAAAGGACGAGCCAUACCCCGCUCGAAUGGAUGAUCUGGACAGCGCAAUUUAUUACUCGGCCUGGAAUCAGUGUAUAGCACAAACGAUCAAGCGUUUCCCCAUUGACCUCUACCACAUAAACGACUACCACGGCUCUGUGGCACCACUUUAUCUUCUUCCACAGACUGUUCCAGUUUGUCUUUCUCUCCACAAUGCCGAAUUCCAGGGAUUGUGGCCUAUGCGAACCCAAAAGGAAAGAGAUGAAGUGUGCUCGGUUUUCAACAUUGACCUUGACAUCGCAAGAAGGUACGUCCAAUUCGGCGAGGUCUUCAACAUGCUUCAUGCUGGAGCGAGCUACUUGCGUGUCCAUCAGCAAGGAUUUGGUGCCGUUGGUGUCUCCAGGAAAUAUGGUAAACGCUCCUAUGCUCGGUAUCCUAUUUUCUGGGGGCUGAAGAAGGUCGGCAACUUGCCGAAUCCUGAUCCGUCUGACACUGGCGAAUGGAACAAGGAAUUGCCAAAGGAAAGCGAAAUCCAAGUUGACCCGCGGUACGAAGCUAGCCGAGGAGAGUUGAAGCGUCAAGCUCAGGAGUGGGCUGGCCUUGAGCAGAAUCCCAACGCUGAUCUCCUGGUUUUUGUCGGAAGAUGGUCCAUGCAGAAGGGAGUUGAUCUUAUUGCCGACGUAAUGCCUGCUGUUCUCGAAGCUCGUCCUAAUGUUCAACUGAUCUGUGUCGGACCAGUGAUUGACCUUUAUGGAAAAUUCGCCGCGCUCAAGUUCGACCAUAUGAUGAAGAUCUAUCCUGGACGAGUGUACUCCAAACCAGAGUUCACUGCACUUCCGCCGUUCAUUUUCUCUGGCGCUGAAUUUGCCCUAAUCCCAUCUCGUGAUGAACCCUUUGGACUUGUCGCUGUUGAAUUCGGUCGUAAGGGAGCUCUUGGUAUUGGUGCCCGUGUUGGUGGCCUUGGUCAGAUGCCUGGUUGGUGGUACAAUAUAGAAUCCACCACAACUUCGCACCUGCUACACCAGUUCAAGCUUGCUAUUGGAAGCGCACUUAACUCUAAACCUCAGGUUCGAGCAAAGAUGCGUGCGAGGUCUGCUAAGCAACGAUUCCCAGUCGCUCAGUGGGUUGAGGACUUGGAAAUUCUACAAGGUACUGCCGUUCGGAUUCACAGCAAAGGACAAGCGAAGUCAAAUGGUCAAGCUCUGACGCCUUCCGGAUAUAACACACCAAGCGGGAUGAUGACCCCUAGUGGCAUGAUGACUCCCCCGAUAGCAUCGAUAGCAUCGACUGGAACCCUAACACCAACAGGAGUGCAAACUCCUCCCAUCGCCCAUUCGAGAGAGGGAAGCUACUCAACUACUAAUCGCCUCAGUGCAUAUGGACCACAGCAGCGGAACACCAUCGUAUACAGCCGUGAUCCAAGCCCUGGUGGUAAUGAGCAGCCCAAAUCAGGACUAAGCCGAGGGCUGUCGCUUGGUGUUCGAGCCGGUCCUGGCCAUUUGUCUCGUCGCGCCCGUCACCGAUUGAGGAGAGGCAGCUACAUGGGCAACGAGGAAAGUGCGACUGCCUCUAUGACAGAAGAGAGCAGUGACGAUGACAUUGUUCCCAGCUACGGGGAUGAUGAAUACACACUCACGCCGGAACAAUGGGAAGAAGAACGUCGUCACGAAGCUUCUCAACAACAUGACACUCAAGGCCAACCCAGGGACUUCUUUGGCCCAAGGCAACAAAGCCAGAGUUCACUUCCACUCAGGCCACUGAUGUCUACUGCUGGCCCUGAGGCCGAUGAUGGCCCUUCACCGCUUGCUAGACCUCCUUACGCUGAACCUGGGAACCGACUUAGCAGUGCGUCCGUCCUUUCUGUGGACUCCAUCGUUGGCGAGAAAAAGGACUACAAGCUCCAAAAGGUCGACCCGUUCUUCACAGACGGCAAUGGGGAAUACUACAAGAUCUUUGACAAGAGGCUUGAAAAUCUUAGUGGUUCCAACUCCGAAUCGCAGCUUUGCAUCGAAGAGUAUCUCGUGAAAAGCGAAAGAAAAUGGUUUGAUAAAUUCAGAGAUGCAAGGCUUGGUCGCAAUCAAUCGCCUGUUUCCUCGGUUUUUCAUACCAAACUCGAGAACCAUUCGCAGACAGGAUCGGUCUCUAAUGAUGAGAUGGGCUCGCGUGAGAGUGGUAGCGAUGCGCACAAUGAAAAGGACGAGUUCCUCCUCGGUAAUAACUAUGUACCUCCAUCUGGCCUUCGGAAAUGGAUGCAGGUUCGAAUUGGCGGUUGGCCUGUAUACUCAUUCUUCCUUGGUCUGGGGCAAAUAAUUGCUGCCAACUCAUAUCAAAUAACACUUCUUACCGGCGAAAUUGGUCAAACACCCGAAAAGCUCUACGGAAUCGCGACGGUCUAUCUGGUCACGUCCAUCAUUUGGUGGUUUGUUUUCCGCUUCUUCAAGUCGGUGGUUGUUCUUUCGGUCCCAUGGCUCCUGUAUGGACUCGCAUUCCUCAUCAUCGGGAUCGCACAUUAUGAGCCCAAUGAGUUCACAAGAGGCUGGAUUCAGAAUGUUGGAAGUGGUGUGUAUGCCGCCGCGUCAUCGAGUGGCUCUCUUUUUUUCGCCCUCAACUUUGGUGAUGAAAAUGGUGUCCAAGUGAAGGAGUGGGUAUUUCGUGCUUGUAUUAUCCAAGGUUCUCAACAAGCUUACGUCAUUGGCUUGUGGUACUGGGGUGUCAGUAUAUCUCAAGCUAUCGCCGAUGGAGUCACGAAUGUUCAAGGAAACAUUACCAACACCUGGAAAAUGACAGCCAUCUGUGUGCCAAUCGCCGUUCUGCUCUGGGCCAUUGGGUUGGUUGUUUUCUUCGGCCUCCCUAAAUUCUACCACCAGACACCUGGAAAAGUUCCAUCAUUCUACAAGUCCGUCUUCCGACGGAAGAUUGUGCUCUGGAGCUUCGUGGUCGUCAUUCUGCAAAACUUUUUCCUCAGUGCUCCUUACGGACGAAAUUGGGCCUUCCUCUGGGAUUCCAAACACGCCAAAGCCUGGCAAAUCGGUGUCUUAUGCGUUGCCUUCUUUGGCAUCGUCUGGGCCGGAGUACUAUUCAUAUUCGGCCGUCUGUCCAAAUCGCACAGCUGGAUUCUUCCCGUAUUCGCAUGCGGUCUCGGGGCUCCACGCUGGGCCCAGAUUUGGUGGGGUGUCUCUGGAAUGGGCCUUUUUCUUCCCUGGGCUGCUGGUGGUCCUACAGGAGGAGCUCUAGUUUCUCGAAUUCUCUGGCUCUGGCUUGGCAUCCUGGAUUCCCUACAGGGUCUUGGAUUUGGUAUGAUCUUACUCCAGACGUUGACUCGGAUGCAUAUUUGCUUCACAUUGCUUGCCUGCCAGGUGUUGGGCUCUAUCGCAACCAUCUGCGCCAGAGCCUUUGGUCCGAAUAGAAUCGGACCUGGGCCAAUCUCACCGGAUGUUACGCGUGGUGCCAGUGCUGUUGCGAACGCAUGGUUCUGGAUCGCCUUGUUUUUCCAGCUGUUGAUCUGUGGUGGAUUUCUCCUAUUCUUCCGGAAAGAACAACUGACUAAACCCUAA